UCUGGAUUACCGGUGACGUAUCUCCUAUACAGAUUUGGCGUCUUCUCAUAUCAGUUAUUAUGGACUAUCCUUGCGGUGAUUUUCUACGUACCACAGUUCCAUGAAGAGCGCCCCUUCGCCACUUGGUUCCUGAGCCUCUCCCAUUGGUCAUAUCUUAUGCUGACACUCUACUUUCUUUUGUCUCUGAUUGGUUCAGUGGCGUACCACGUGAACGGUAUAGGAAAAAUAGGUGCAACCGACUCAGAAAUGUCUAGCUCCGACAAAACAGUCGACCGUCAAGACAAGGUGAAUGAUAUGAUGUUACCAUGGUAUCUGAAAUUGGUCUGGUUGUCGCAGAAUACAGCCUUCAACUCCGGGUUGGCAGUGACGCUAUGUUAUUGGGCGAUCGACGCCGAUAACAUAAACGUCUUUAAUAUUCACAUGCACGGUGUCAACGUACUGCUGAUUUUCAUGGACCUUGGGCUAAUUGCGUCACCAAUACGUGUGUUGCACGUCAUAUAUCCUGUAGUGUUCGUGUUGAUCUACACGUUGUUUUCCUUCAUAUGUUACAAGUUUAUGGGGAUAAACCCCACGGACUCCUAUUUGCGCGCACUUGUAGACUGGGGAGUGAAUCCCGGCCUUGCAAUCGGCGUAUUUACCUGUGCUGCGUUUAUAACAAUACCUUUAUGCCACGUGUUUAUUUAUGGUGUAUAUAAACUGAGAAAGUUCAUCGCCAGGCGGUCUUCUCAAUUCUACGCAUUGCGUGACAUUUACAUCGUGUGA